AUGAGCUUCACCGUGCACUCGGUUUUCUUCACCCUGAAGGUGAGCGUCCUGCUGGGGUCCCUGCUGGGGCUCUGCCUGGGCCUUGAGUUCAUGGGCCUUCCUAACCAGUGGGCACGCUACCUCCGCUGGGAUGCCAGCACGCGCAGUGACCUGAGCUUCCAGUUCAAGACCAAUGUUUCCACGGGGCUGCUCCUCUACCUGGAUGACGGCGGCGUUUGUGACUUCCUCUGCCUGUCCCUGGUGGAUGGCCACGUGCAGCUCCGCUUCAGCAUGGACUGUGCCGAGACCGCCGUGCUGUCCAGCAAACAGGUGAACGACAGCAGCUGGCACUUUCUCAUGGUGAGCCGUGACCGCCUGCGUACUGUGCUGGUGCUUGAUGGUGAGGGCCAGUCUGGGGAGCUGCAGCCCCAGCGGCCCUACAUGGAUGUGGUCAGUGACUUGUUCCUCGGCGGAGUCCCCGCAGACAUACGACCUUCUGCCCUGACCCUUGAUGGAGUACAGGCCAUGGCCGGCUUCAAGGGAUUAAUCCUGGACCUCAAGUAUGGCAACUCAGAGCCUCAGCUCCUGGGGAGCCAGGGGGUCCAGUUGGAUGCCGAGGGACCCUGCGGUGAGCGUCCCUGUGAAAAUGGUGGGAUCUGCUUUCUCCUGGAUGGCCACCCCACCUGUGACUGUUCUACCACCGGCUAUGGUGGCAAGCUCUGCUCAGAAGAUGUCAGUCAAGGUCCAGGCUUCUCCCACCUCAUGAUGAGUGAACAAGGUAGAAGUAAAGCUCGAGAGGAGAAUGUGGCCACUUUCCGAGGCUCAGAGUACCUGUGCUACGACCUGUCUCAGAACCCAAUCCAGAGCAGCAGUGAUGAAAUCACCCUGUCCUUUAAGACCUGGCAGCGGAAUGGGCUCAUCCUGCACACGGGCAAGUCGGCUGACUACGUCAACCUGGCUCUGAAGGAUGGCGCAGUCUCCUUGGUCAUUAACCUGGGGUCUGGGGCCUUUGAGGCCAUUGUGGAGCCAGUGAAUGGAAAAUUCAAUGACAACGCCUGGCAUGAUGUCAAAGUGACACGCAACCUCCGGCAGGUGACAAUCUCUGUGGAUGGCAUCCUUACCACGACGGGCUACACUCAAGAGGACUACACCAUGCUGGGCUCAGAUGACUUCUUCUAUGUGGGAGGAAGCCCAAGUACCGCUGACUUGCCAGGCUCACCCGUCAGCAACAACUUCAUGGGCUGCCUUAAAGAGGUUGUUUAUAAGAAUAAUGACAUCCGUCUGGAGCUGUCUCGCUUGGCCAGAAUUGGGGACACCAAGAUGAAAAUCUACGGUGAGGUUGUAUUCAAGUGUGAGAAUGUGGCCACACUGGACCCCAUCAACUUUGAGACCCCGGAGGCUUACAUCAGCUUGCCCAAAUGGAACACCAAACGCAUGGGCUCUAUCUCCUUUGACUUUCGCACCACUGAGCCCAACGGCCUGAUCCUCUUCACUCACGGCAAGCCCCAAGAGAGGAAGGAGGCUCGGAGCCAGAAGAACACCAAGGUGGACUUUUUUGCCGCGGAACUCCUCGACGGCAACCUGUACCUACUGCUUGACAUGGGCUCAGGCACCAUUAAAGUGAAAGCCACUCAGAAGAAAGCCAACGAUGGGGAAUGGUACCAUGUGGACAUUCAGCGAGAUGGCAGAUCAGGUACCAUAUCAGUGAACAGCAGGCGCACGCCGUUCACCGCUAGUGGGGAGAGCGAGAUCCUGGACCUGGAGGGGGACAUGUACCUGGGCGGGCUGCCGGAGAACCGUGCUGGCCUCAUCCUCCCCACUGAGCUCUGGACCGCCAUGCUCAACUAUGGCUACGUGGGCUGCAUCCGUGACCUGUUCAUUGACGGGCGCAGCAAGAACAUCCGGCAGCUGGCAGAGAUGCAGAAUGCUGCGGGCGUCAAGUCCUCCUGCUCACGGAUGAGCGCUAAGCAGUGUGACAGCUACCCCUGCAAGAACAACGCCGUGUGCAAAGAUGGCUGGAACCGCUUCAUCUGCGACUGCACGGGCACCGGCUACUGGGGACGAACCUGCGAGAGGGAGGCGUCCAUCCUGAGCUACGACGGCAGCAUGUACAUGAAGAUCAUCAUGCCCAUGGUCAUGCACACCGAGGCAGAGGACGUGUCCUUCCGCUUCAUGUCCCAGCGAGCUUAUGGGCUGCUGGUGGCUACUACCUCCAGGGACUCUGCUGACACCCUGCGUUUGGAGCUGGAUGGGGGGCGCGUCAAGCUCAUGGUUAACUUAGACUGUAUCAGGAUAAACUGUAACUCCAGCAAAGGACCAGAGACCCUGUAUGCGGGGCAGAAGCUCAAUGACAACGAAUGGCACACCGUUCGGGUGGUGCGGAGGGGAAAAAGCCUUAAGUUAACCGUGGACGAUGAUGUGGCUGAGGGUACAAUGGUGGGAGACCAUACCCGCUUGGAAUUCCACAACAUUGAAACUGGUAUCAUGACAGAGAAACGUUACAUCUCCGUCGUCCCCUCCAGUUUCAUUGGCCACCUGCAGAGCCUUAUGUUUAAUGGGCUGCUCUACAUUGACUUGUGCAAAAAUGGAGACAUUGAUUACUGCGAACUGAAGGCUCGUUUUGGACUGAGGAACAUCAUCGCUGACCCUGUCACCUUUAAGACCAAGAGCAGCUACCUGAGCCUGGCCACCCUCCAGGCCUACACCUCCAUGCACCUCUUCUUCCAGUUCAAGACCACCUCCGCUGACGGCUUCAUUCUCUUCAAUAGCGGUGAUGGCAAUGACUUCAUUGCUGUUGAGCUAGUCAAGGGGUACAUACACUACGUGUUUGACCUCGGAAACGGCCCCAAUGUGAUCAAAGGCAAUAGUGACCGCCCCUUGAAUGACAACCAGUGGCACAACGUCGUCAUCACCCGGGACAACAGCAACACCCACAGCCUGAAAGUGGACACGAAGGUGGUCACUCAGGUUAUCAAUGGUGCCAAAAAUCUGGAUUUGAAAGGUGACCUCUACAUGGCAGGUCUGGCCCAAGGCAUGUACAGCAACCUCCCAAAGCUCGUGGCCUCCCGGGAUGGCUUUCAGGGCUGUCUGGCAUCAGUGGACUUGAAUGGACGCCUGCCAGACCUCAUCAACGAUGCCCUCCAUCGGAGUGGACAGAUUGAGCGUGGCUGUGAAGGACCAAGUACCACCUGCCAGGAGGAUUCAUGCGCCAACCAGGGGGUCUGUAUGCAGCAGUGGGAAGGCUUCACCUGCGACUGUUCCAUGACCUCCUAUUCUGGAAACCAGUGCAAUGAUCGUGAGUACAACCUUUUCAUACUUGGGAUAUUUUCAAAGAGUUCAGAGGAGAAGACUGAUUUCAUGAAGGUGAUUCUAGCACUGAUGGUGGAGAGACUUCAGUUCUGUGGGAGCCUAUAG